AGUGUAUGCAACGUAUAGGCCAACGAAGCUCUUGUGAUCUCGGAGUGUAUAUAGCCGUCUCUAUCCAGCUGCACAAUUGUUCUCUUUCUGUAGCCUCCCCCUACCCUGACUUAAGUUUUCGAGGUCCAUUAGACUACUACUGCGACAUCUUGACAGGGUAACAUUGUGUCUACAGCACAAAACGAGCACGACAUAAAUCGCCAAAAUGUUUAAAAAUCAUUUAGAAAUGAUUGGCAGAAAUGAGACGCCAUCGAAGAAAGCCAGAUUUUGGCAAUCCUUCGUGCGUUCUCUAAAAGGAUCGGAAGAUAUCAGAGCCGAGGAAAGGUACAGGCCGUCGCGCCGCAGCGUAUUCCCAGAGCUAUUGUCAACCUACCCCUACAGCAAAUCUAUCUACGACGACCCCGUUGGCGCCGCUGAGAGGAUCGCCGUGCCCGGAUACCGCUACCUCCCAGUACACCGCGAAGUAUACGGAUACUCCCCGCGCCCUAUCUACGCUCACAACUACCCACGAUCCCUGGAACAGUACAGGCCAAUUUACCACGUGCCGAGACGUGUGCGACGAGGCGUUGACCCGUUCGACUCUCACAAGGCGUGGCAGGACCACCUCGACAGACUGGCUGCCAUCGAUCGCUUGUACCCCUCUCGCUACGGCCUUUACUUGAAGGACCGGGCAUACCCCAUCACCGACUUAUCCGCUCCCAUCGUCGACCCUCUCUCGUCUAAGAGCCUUAAAGGCAUCGAAUAUGAACCCGACUCCAAACCUCACUGGGGAACAGGAGCGUGGCCAUCGAGGAUUUCGGACGUAUUCAAAAAGGACCCAUUUUUUGCGGAUGCCGAAAAAUGGGCCGAUUUUGACCGCACGCUCCGAGGGAGAUCUCCCACACCUGUGAAGCCGAGGAUUAGUCCACCGCGAGACUGUGAGGUCGCAUUCGAUGCCGACGGUGCACCGCUAUACAACGCCGGCGGACUGCGACGCAGGCCUUGGGCCGACAUUUUCAACCCGAGCCCAUCCUUGCCUAUCUCGGCGAUCACGAGAGACCCCUUCUGGUACGACUGGCCGGAGCUGAGACCCAUGGCACGAUGGGAUCGCAGCCCAUCCUACAUCCGUGACUCGUACCUCUCGCCUGUCAAACGCACCUUCCUCUGGGACAAACACCCGAUGAGGCCUUUAGAUCUAAUGGUCUACGACAGGUUCACAGUGGACGAUUUGAGCAAGACUUUACCCUUCAUUCGUAGUCUGUAAUACAAGCAUCUGGUAUCUCUUCAAUGGCUGCUGCUUUCUAAAGGGCCUGUCAUCGAACCCUACUUCUUAAGUUAAACUUUACAAAGCCUAUUAUUAAAUUUACUUUAUAAUUGUUUUCCUGUAUCAAUAAUGACUAUGUUACAUAAAGUGUUAAAUGCAAAUAAAAUAUCUGGUAUAAAUUUCUUCAAGCUCUUAAAGACUGCUAUAACAUAGUCACUGCCAUGAAAAUGAACUUUGUUACAAUAAUUUGUUUUUAUUAUUAUUAUUAAUAUUUUUAUGUACUUCAAACAAAACAAGAAAAAAUCAAUAAAAAACAAAAAGCCUAAA